GUGACGUCACGGGGUGGAAAUCGAUAACUACCGUGUAGUAGUUUCCCCUCUCGUGAAGGAUUCUCUUUGCCACCAGACGACCCACUAAGUGCCUUCAGUGCGGGGAGGUCACCGCGACGUAAGGUACGUCGUGAUCACGUCGCUCCGACGACCGGCGACGACCACAGAAUUAUUACGUGAAAUAAUAGUUUAUAAUUAAAAUUCAAAUCAUUAAAUAGCAUUUUAUAAAACGUGUGUUGAAACACUGUCAAAUUUGAAGUUUGUUUAAAUACUUGGUAUGAUGAUGAUAAAAUUUUUCAACAAACUUGUGAUUGCUCAGUGAUCCCACGGUCGUCGUGGCUUCGUGAUAAAAUCGCUAGUUGUAACCUGCUGAUCUUCGAUUGCUUGCAGGAAGCAUCAGAAGCAGGUCAAGCUUAAAAAAUUAUUAAAAUAGAUUGGUGUCUGAUUCACCAAGAAGGGGGUUCGCGGGUUCAGCGGAUCCAAAGAGUUGGGUGGAAAUCAAUGGCCAUCAGCGCCCAUGGGCGGCCUCGCGUUUAGGACAAGGAAUAGCCCCUCCCAGAAGACCUCGCUACGGUGGGGUGAUUGCUGCCCCCCAAAUUUGAGUCCAUCGGUGUCAUCAGCUGUCCUUAAGGGCCGUCUUCAAGAUAUGCCGCCGCUGCCUGUGUGAGGUUGUCCCCCACUGUUGCGUGAUUGUACCCCGCGCAGUUUACAAAGAUUUUCAAACGUUCUGCAAUCAGAUCGUGUACAAAACCUUCCGGAUCUUCGUCUUCACGAUUUGGCAUUGACACCUAUUGAUCAUACAACACCAAAAAUGAUAAAUAUCGCGGGUGUAGUAUCAAUUGGUCUGUUCUACGUCCUAAUUUUAGGCGUAGGAAUAUGGGCAGCAAGAAAAAAAGAAGCGGGAAAUGAUUCAGAAGAAGAAGUUAUGCUGGCAGGGCGUUCCAUUGGUUUAUUCGUGGGGAUCUUCACUAUGACAGCCACUUGGGUCGGUGGUGGUUACAUCAACGGCACUGCUGAAAUAAUUUACACCAAGGGUCUAGUCUGGUGCCAAGCACCAUUUGGUUAUGCUCUCAGUCUAGUUUUUGGUGGAAUAUUCUUUGCAAACAAGAUGCGUCAGCAGGGGUACAUCACGAUGUUGGAUCCUCUCCAGGAUGCAUUUGGAGAGCGAAUGGGUGGAUUACUAUUUUUACCAGCACUAUGUGGUGAAGUAUUCUGGGCAGCUGGAAUUCUUGCAGCACUUGGUGCUACAAUUGCAGUAAUUAUUGACAUGGACCACACCCAUUCGAUUAUAUUCAGCGCCUGCAUCGCAGUAUUCUAUACUUUAUUUGGAGGACUUUAUGCCGUUGCUUACACAGACGUCAUUCAGUUGUUCUGCAUCUUUAUUGGAUUGUGGAUGUGUAUUCCCUUCGCCUGGAUGAACCCUAUAGUCGAGCCGUUAAGUUCAAUGAAUGUCGACUGGAUUGGCCAAAUUCCAUCUGAAGAAUAUUGGUCUUAUAUAGACUAUGGUCUCUUAUUAGUUUUUGGUGGAAUACCGUGGCAAGUGUACUUCCAACGAGUUCUGUCAUCAAAGACUGCCGGCAGAGCACAACUGCUCAGCUACGUCGCCGCUGCAGGAUGCAUCUUGAUGGCCAUUCCCCCAGUCCUGAUUGGUGCUAUUGCCAAAGCUACUCCUUGGAAUGAAACUGCAUAUUCAGGUCCAUAUCCACUUGGGGAAGCUCAAACCAGUAUGAUUCUACCAAUGGUGCUGCAGUACCUAACACCUGAUUUUGUGUCAUUCUUUGGUCUUGGUGCUGUGUCUGCUGCAGUCAUGUCAUCUGCUGAUAGCAGCAUCUUAUCAGCCAGUUCAAUGUUUGCCAGGAACAUCUACAAGCUGAUUUUCCGUCAAAGGGCUUCAGAGAUGGAGAUAAUCUGGGUGAUGAGAGUAGGUAUAGCCAUAGUUGGUGUUUUAAGUACAAUAAUGGCUUUAACUAUUCCAUCCAUCUAUGGUUUAUGGGCCAUGUGCUCAGACUUGGUCUACGUGAUCCUGUUCCCUCAGCUCCUGAUGGUCGUACAUUUCAAGGAUUAUUGCAAUACUUAUGGCAGCUUAUCAGCAUACAUAAUAGCACUUAUGGUUAGAUUAUCAGGUGGCGAGUCUAUGAUAGGUCUUCCAGCAUUGAUACAUUAUCCAGGAUUCGAUGAAGUCAAUCAAGUACAAUUAUUCCCAUUCAGAACAGUAGCCAUGUUGCUGUCUCUUAUUACCCUUAUCGGUGUGUCUUAUGCGACUCAGGUGGUUUUCUUGACUGGAAGAUUAGCUCCAGGUUAUGACGUCUUCAGAUGUGUAGUUAAUAUACCAGAUGACGUUGAGAGGGUGGGUCCUGAUCCAGUGGAAGGCGAACAAAUGGCAGUUCUUGCUGCUGGAGCUGGCAGGCUUUAUGGUAGUAAAGAUGAAUCGAACGGACGAGUCAAUCCAGCGCUCGAGCCGGACUAUGACAUGGAACCGGACUAUGGGGCAGUUGGGCCCACGGCUAACGUUGGUGGAGCUGUGAUAGGUGGUGGAGGUGGGACUGCUGCUCAUCCUGCACCUCAUACAACUAAUUCCCUUCGUCAGCCGCAGUCCAGUACUGCCUUUUAAGUUACCUGGUUCCAUGAUCACAAGCUGUGACCAACAAUAAGUACAGUAACGCGGUCGUUUUUUAUGUCUAUUUUAGAUUUGUUUCAACAAAUCUUUUUAUUUUCAGAAGUACCACUUACAUAAUAUUUUUUUAAAGAAAUAUUUUAUUUAUUCAACUACUUCAGUACCUUUCAUUUCUAAAUAUAUUUUGAUCUCUUUUCCUUCCACUCAUACAAAAGUAAGUAAAGCACAAUAUUUAAUAAAAUUUAUUUCUACUUUUUUAUUACUAAAAUAAAAUGACAAAUAUUCAAGCCCGUAAAUUUUUUCAUAUAUUUAACUUUGAAGUAGUUUUUUUAUCAAGUAUUUUUAGAAUAAAAAAGCUUUCUAAAAAGUUGAAAAAUUGAUUUGAAAUUUAUCUAAAAAUAAUAAAUUUGAAGAGCAAAUGUUCGAAAAUGUAAGUGGUCCUUGAACUUCUCACAAUAGAUAAUUUUUUAAGCAUGUUAAAUUUUUAUAUAUACCUAUUCGAAGGUAGUUCAAAAUGAUGCAAUUAAAGUCAAAAUCCAACGUACUCAAGUGUUGAAUAUACCUAUUUAGUACUCGAGUCGUAGGAUCGUGGCUUUUUCCGGUUCUCGUGACACGAUGGUCCUCAUCAACGUCACUAUUAUGGAAGAUGCACAUUUUUGAAUGGCUUCGUUAAACUCUAAAACGUACCGCGUUGCUAUUUAGGCCUAGUGAUUUGGUUUGUUUUUAUAUUGCACAGAUAUUUAUUAAUAAAUGUAUAUAUUACAAAUAAAUAAACUAGUCAUAUAUAAUGUAAAUUUAAAUAGAAUCCGAAUAUAAAAAAUAUAUAUGCAGUCGAUCUGUUUGCCAUAUAAUAUGUUUACCUGAAAAAUUACAUAUCAUCUGACGACCCCAAUAACUAUUUCUUGUAAUUUGAGGGUAAUAUUCCAUGACAAACGAAUUACAAAAUUUAGAAUUAAAAAUAUAUUGAAUCGUAAGAUACGAGAGCUUUUGUAUUUGCAGACUGAAUGUUCUUCCCUUUGUCCAAUAAAUGCUUUGCACUUUUGAGGUAUUGUUUAAAUGUGCACAUGUUAAUUUAUUAUGACUAGUUAAUGACAAAUAUCGUUUGUCAAAAUCCAAAAUCACUAUCAUUUUGUCAUCGGAUCGACUAGUGUUGCAGUUGUGUUUACAAUAUAGUAUAUUAUAUGAUUAAAAAUGUGCAAAUAUAUACAAAGGUAAAAUAUAUGAACAAAUAAAUAACUAUAAUUGUAAAAUAGAGUAUAUAUAAAUAUAAAUAUAUUAUAUAUAUAUAUAUAUAUAUAUUGUUGUUAUACAUCCAUUCGUAUAUUGUUACUUUUAGUUGGAUCAUUGUGUCAAUCAAUCUAACAAAUAAUUCUCAAAUGUCAAUAUUUAUGUUUAGUUAUCUAUUAUGUAAUUUCAGAUGGAAAACAAAAAAUUGUAUGAAUCAAUGUUACUAAUUUAAAAGGUCCUAUUUUUAAACAACUAUUGUAACUAUUAAAUUGUUAUCAUGGCGUCAAGUUGUUGGUGAUCUGAAUGGAAGGCUUAGAGUACAUAAGAAAGAAAUAAGACUUUUAUAUUCACACGUACAGAUUAUUAAAUAUUUUUCAGUAUAUUUUAUUGAAUAAAAAAAUUAUAUUUAAUAAUACACUUUAUUUUAUAGGUAAAAUUACGUUUUUGCACAAAGAGUUAUUUGAUUUGGUAAGAAAAUUUUAUAUCAUGUUAUUAUUGAGUAUUUUAGAGCUUAAUUUUUUUUAAAGUUGCGUCGACUCUAUUUUUUUAUUUAAUUUUUUUUAAAAGUAUUUUAAAUCAAAAAUUCCCUUGCAACAAAUUGUUGAAUCUAAUAAUAUUUGUAGCUUGUUGCAAUAAGCAACACAUAUUUGUUAUUUUUUUUAACAAUUAAUAAAAAAGAAAAUGACUUAUACAAUUAUAUGAUAUUUGUUGAGAAUCAAUUAACAUUUUUUCCUAUCAAAAGUAAUUUAUAAAAACACGCUAUUAUUGAUGCAAUUUUUUAAAAAAUUAUGCAUUACUCAAUUAUUAAAUUACUUACCACGAUAAUUUAAUUAUUAUAAUUACUAAAAAUAGUUAAUUACCUAAAGGAAAGAAUAAACUCAAACAAUCUUGGUGCUGGAGAACUCAAAGUUAAUAGCUCAAUAAAUAUUGUAAUUAGUAAGCAGUUAAUAAUCUAAGUCCUUGUAAUGUCUCGAUGUCAUACUGAAACUUAUACAUAUCAUAAAUGUGCCGAUAUAAUUUUUUUAUGUUGUUAAUUAGAUAAUAAUUAUUAAUAAAAGUUAAUUAAAAAAAGAAAAGCUGUUGGAAUAAGCAGUGGAGUAAAAUGAAAAGUAGUGAAUCGUUAACGAAUUUAGGUAAAUAAAAGUAUUGAAAAAAAGAAAUAAUAAAAACAAUUAGGAAGACGAAAAAAAAAUAAGCGUAAGGUAAUGAAAUCUGCUUGAAAGUAGUUACUUAUAUUACCUUAUAGUACUGAGAGCUCCUCGUGUGAAAUAUAAGAAAGUUGAACAAAAAAACCAUGUAUUAUGUAGCUGUAUAAACUUACAUAUCACACAAAGUACAUAUGUAAUUCAAAUAAAUGAUGUUAAUAAGAAUCGAAAUAUAUUAAAACAAAAAAAUAACAAAUAUAUAUUCUAUAGUUAAUUAAUUAUUAAUUAUAAAUACGCUGUAAUAUAACAAA